AGAAAUGCAAUGGACUACACAGCUACCGGAGUCGGGUUACGCCAAUGACAAUCUGCUCCUACACCUUAACAUGAGUGUCAAGGGAACAACAGAAGGCACGGUCGUCGAGCAAGGAGCUUCCCUGCCAACGAAAAUAGCAGCAUUGUCGCUUCUACCUGUCGUGAUCAUCUGUGGACUAUUCGGUAAUGGGCUCGUGUGUCGAGCAGUGUUCCGCUACCAGAAGCUACGGUGCGUCGCCAAUACUUUUAUCGUAUCUCUUGCGGUCUGUGACCUUGGUGUUUGUGGGAUCAUCAUGCCUUUUGCAGCGUAUCAGGAACUCACCAACGACAAGCAAUGGCAUCUCGGUCCGGUCGUCUGCAACAUAUGGGUAGCACUGGACGUGCUACUGUGCACAGCAUCUAUCUGGAACAUGUGUGUGAUUGCUCUGGACCGUUGUAUGGCCAUCACCAAUCCCGUGUGGUAUGUGAACAGGCGGACACCCUUCAUGGCGACGGUAGCCAUAGCUUCGGCAUGGUCUCUCUCUAUUCUACUCAGUGUCAUGUUCCUCUUGCUCAUGGAUAACUUUGCGGAUAGUGCUGACUACUCGUGUCAAGUCGCACCUAAACCAGCCAUAGCAGUCGUCUCUUCAUCGGUGACGUUCUAUAUCCCAUGUUUGAUUGUAGUCGCGGUAUACAUAAAGAUCUUUCUGGCUGCACGACGCCAUCUACGGAAGAAGUCAAUUAGGGCUGCUAUCUCUACAAUGCACAUGAGAAGGCCAUCACAACCUUGCGUGGAGAAACAGCAAAAGUCCAGCAGCUCGGAAACACAGGGUAAUGGCCAUACCCAACCUCUCUGUACGUCCCCAGAUGAAAACAAAAAUCCGAUGAAAUCUGUUAGAGAAAAUCUUGAACUACAACUUCCCAACGUAGCGUCUUCAUCAAACAAUGGACUCUCUCCGAAUAAUCUUCGAAUUCCCAAUGCGUCUGUCACAUCCAUAAGUACCUCCAAAAAGACAUCAUUCAACCUCAGCGUACCUGAACCGUCCUUUUCUCCAGAAGACGGCAUUUCAGGCACCGACAAUUCUGAUAUCAACGAAGUUCCGCGUUCGCCCCGUAGAUCGUUGACACCAUUUUCAUUCAACUACCCCAGGCCGAAGAUACACCGUAUUUCAGUAACUCGGGAACGACGUGCCGCUGCCGUGCUUGCUGUGGUCAUCGGCGUCUUCAUAUGUUGUUGGCUUCCGUUUUUUAUUGUUUACGUCAUCAUUGGAAUUUGCGAGUGGUGUCACGUGACAAACCUUACGUUUCAAGUACUCACGUGGUUGGGUUGGUGUAAUUCUAUUCUCAAUCCUCUAAUCUAUACCGUAUUCAAUCUCGACUUCAGACACGCGUUCAGAAAAAUUCUCCUUGAUGUUCCGUGCCAGUAAAAAAAGAAGAAAACUACUAAAUGUAAAUCAUGGAGCGUAUAUCCACAUGCCUUAUACCAUGUGUUUGAUUUAUUCUAAAAUCCACUGCUUCCACCGACUGACCCUCAUCAAUUACUGUUUAAAUGGAUGAGAAUUAAGAAAACAUUCUAUCGAUGACGGUAAAGGGCGGCGUUUGACAUUGCCAGUGUUGUUCCUUAGUUACACUAUACCUUGUAUAUGCGACUGCAGGAGUCGUUCAGGAUUUGCUUACUCACACUCUCUCUCUCUCUCUUUUAAAAGUCCAACCCUUGUACUCGUUGGACAAAAUAUAUCAUUGUUAAAAUCACCUGAAUGCUACGUUUAAGAUUUUCCCAAAUUGUAGGCCUACUAUUGGAUUAUGAAAAUUCAAUCCCAAAUGUCUAGACAAAGCACAAUAACAGUUCAACUAUCAAUCAUAAAGUUGUAUGUGUCUAACAAUUUUAUGCUCUUCCGGUGGGUGCUGUUCGUAAGUUAAGAACGACUGGUGAUCCUUCCUUGUGGUAUAUG